AUGAGGCCGCACGGGACUCCUGUGGCGCUGCUGGCGGCGGCGUGUCUCCUCCUUCUCGGCUCGUGCGCGCUCUCACGGGUGGAGGAGGCGAAGAGCCCGGAGCGGCUCUUCCUCGGCUCCCUCGGGCUCUCCGGGCGGCCUCGGCCCGCGGGGAGCCAGCAGCCGGGGCGCCACGUCCCCUCCGCGCUCUGGAGGAUGUUCCGAAGGUCAGAGGGCGACCACGCCGAGGAGAGCGACCCCUGCACGGUGUCCGAGUACGGAGUCCGCGGCAACAUCAUCCGCUAUGUGCAAGACCAAGGCCGGCUGGUAUCUGGCUGGAGCAGCAGCUGUCGGGCCUGUCUGGAGAAGCAGCUUUACUUCAACAUGUCCGUCCUGCAGCCUGUGGAGCUGCUGUCUCUGGCUCAGCUGGAGAUCACGUUCCACUGGAAGCUCCUGCAGGGGCCCCGGGCCCUCAGCGUGUCCCUGUAUCAAGUGAUCCGGGCCACGCUGAGGGGUGCCGACCCCCAGGCCGGCCGCAGACUUCUGCUGUCCCAGUCGGUCCGGCUGCAGCACGAGCCCACAUCCGUCGCCGUGGACCUCACGGCGCUGGCGGAGGGCUGGCGCAAACCGGGGCGCAACUACGGGCUGCUGCUGGAGCUGCUGCCUCUCGACGCGGAGCCGGAGGAGCUGCUUCCCUUCCACCCCGGCAACUCCCUACCGCUGGAGCCGGCCUCCGCCCUGCCGCUGGUCCAGGCCUCGCUGGUGGCCGUGUCCCUCAACCCCCACCAGUGUCGCUCCGGGCGGCGGCGGAGGCGAAGCGCCGUCCACCUGCCCGUGACGCCCAGCAACGUGUGCAAGGCUCGCCGCCUCUACAUCGACUUCAAGGAUGUGGGCUGGCAGGACUGGAUCAUCGCUCCGCAGGGCUACAUGGCCAACUAUUGCCACGGCGAGUGCCCGUUCCCACUCAGCGAGAGCCUGAACGGCACCAACCACGCCAUCCUGCAGACGCUGGUGCACUCCUUGGACCCGCACGGCACGCCGCAGCCCUGCUGCGUCCCCAUCCACCUCUCCCCGAUCUCCAUGCUCUACUACGACAACAACGACAACGUGGUGCUCCGGCAUUACCAGGACAUGGUGGUGGACGAGUGCGGGUGUCGGUGA